UAUAACUGUGUGUCAGAUACUAAGAUAUUGUUAUUUGUUUUGUAAAUAAAGCAUCGCAAAAAUUACACCAAAGAUUAAUUUUAUAUCGUUUAUCACAUAAAUAAAACUUAAAAGAUGGAAGCCGACAGUGCAAAAACGUGUAGAAUCUGUUUCAGAACGCAGGAGACUGUAUUUUCUCUAUACAGAAAACUUAAAGAUUCUUCUCCCUAUGAAAAGCUCGUAAACAGUACACACUUGAAAAUAGCUAUGAAUGACGCCGGUCCUUCUUCCAUCUGCUCCGAGUGUCUCACUGAGUUGGAAACGACGGUGAAUUUUCUAGAAAAAUGCAAAUUGUCCAACCAGAUUCUUGCAGCGAUAUUCAGUAAUGGAAUAAACGCAAGUGAGCAAAUUAAGUGUGAAAAUCUGAUACAAGACUAUGAUAAUCCUGCAGUGGAUCUGUCUCAGGAGCAUAUCAGUGUUGAUGAGAGUGUGGAGGUGAGGACUGCGCAAGUGCCUCCAGAGAGGAAAGUGAAGUGCAGUGAUUGUGGUUCGAAGCGUCGCUGCCGGCACAAGUCUGGCUCUACGGUACAUACGUGUCAUUAUUGCGGGAAGGUUUUCAAUAGGAUAUUUAAUUUAAACCGGCACAUUAAGAAUCACAAGGGCGAUGGUGCAUGGUCGUGCCGGUCUUGCGGCGCGGCACAGGUGACGCGGUGGUUUGCCGAGCGACACUGUGCACCACUUGUGCGCCGCCCAUGUCCUUUCGCCGGCUGCCACAAGACAUUCACCACCAACAAUAAUCUUAAGACGCAUAUUAGAGCUCAUAAAGGUGAGAGACCGUAUGAGUGCAACGAGUGUGGUAAAGGCUUCACCAGUAAGGGCAUAUUAAUAGAUCACCUCAGGAUACACACAGGUGAGAAGCCCUACAUGUGUCCAUUCUGCGGCAAGCGCUUCAGAACGAACAAGCUGUCGGCGCACGCGUGCGCGCGCGGCGGCGGCUCGGCGGCGCGCGCCCGUUCCGCUCGGGCGGCGCGCGCGGUGAGUGCGGGCGCGGGGGGCGCGGGGGGCGGCGUGUGGUGCGCGCUGUGCUCGCGGCGGUACGCGCACCAGCAGUCGCUCAACAAACACAUGCGCAACCAACAUGGACAGAAGGCAGUUGAUUCGAUACAAGCUCGAGACAUGCCGAGGCAGGUGGAUGCGUGUGACGUCACAACGAGUACGUGACUACACGCGCCGCCCAUCAAUGACUACACAAGCGAAAGUGAUUGAGGAAAUGUGACGGAAUUCUAAUACACGUUGCAUUUAU